CGUGACCUUCAGCUUCCUUCUCUGAAAGUCAUCUUCUUCUCCCGACUUUUUUGAACAAGGGAAGAAGAAUCCAACUUCAUCAAUUCAGAUUCGCACGCUUGAAAUUAUCUGAAUAAAAAUCGAAAGCUAAUAAUGAGCUGAUCGCUAAAAAUAUCUCUCGAAUUCAAUCUUCCUGAUUUUCAAUUUCUGUCUCUAGGGUUUCAAUAUCCGAUAAAAGCGAUGGAGACGGAGAUGGAUUUCUCAGAUGGUGAACAAACUAAUGGUAAUUCACAUGUUACUGCCUCCCAAUACUUUGCUCCUCCGGGUUAUAAUAGAAGUCUUGUGGCUGCUUAUGGGAAUGGAAACACAACCAUUGGAUUAGAAAAAGGAAUAGAAAGGAGACUAGAUCAUCAUGAGCAACUACCUGGUUAUAUCUUUAUGUGUAAUGGGAGAACGAAAACCGAUUGCUACCGUUACCGUGUUUUCGGGAUUCCAAGAGGAGGAAAAGACGUUGUUGAGAGUAUAAAGCCAGGCAUGAAGCUUUUCCUCUAUGACUUUGAGAAGAGACUUCUUUAUGGUGUGUAUGAAGCUACUGUUGGUGGCAGGUUGGAUAUAGAACCUGAAGCUUUUGAAGGGAAAUAUCCAGCUCAAGUUGGAUUUAGAAUUGUCAUGAACUGUUUACCCUUGACAGAAAACACUUUCAAGUCUGCUAUCUAUGAAAAUUACAAAGGUUCCAAAUUUAAGCAAGAACUUUCUCCUCACCAAGUUAUGUCUCUGUUAUCAUUGUUUCGUUCAUUUACGUCUCCAGAACUCGAUUUGUUGCCUCAUAGGUUGGCUUCCAGAGCUUCAGCACCUAGGACUCUAUCGUUUGAGGAAAGGUUCAUAGCGGCUACACAUCUUAGAAAUGCUUCAUCGGUUUUAGAUCCUCUGUCUGCUCGUCAUGUAGAACCACGACUUGGCUCUGUUAUGGCCCAUCAGCCUGUUCCCCGCACAUCUCUGCUUCAACAUAGUUACUUUAGACAAGACGACUACACGACCCCACCUAGAGAAAGUCUGUCAAAUUUGAAUCAGCCUUAUUAUCCUACAGAAGCUCGGCAACUACGGUUGCUCGGAGACCCUUCUCGCUCAGAUUCUCCUCGGUCCGAACCUCCGCGGUCAUCUAUUCAGGAUCCUCAACUCAAAUACCUCACCAUUUUAUCUAAUAUUCGGAGAUAUGGAUCUGCAUCAGAUCGCUUGGCCUCAGAAAAUGAAUAUCAUCCGGCAACACCAUCAGAGAAGGACCAGUUUGCUGUACCUUAUUCUGAUAAUAAAAAUUACCCUUCGACUUUAUCUGGGAGUGAGCAUCCUUCUGCUUCUGCAGCUAAUGGGAGUGUGUAUAGAAGUGAGUUCUAUAAUUCAGCAUCACAAAAGGAAGGGGAAGCUAGUCAGCAGCAUGAGAUCCCUGCUGGGACUUACCAUCACCCAGAAGCAUCAACAGUUUCCAAUACUACAAAGUCCAUGCAACCAGAUAUGCAGGCAGUUAGUGUUGCUCAAUCUCAUACCGAGACAGCUGGCUAUCCUACACCGGCACAUGGUGAAGCUUCACAACCACCUGCUGGAGCAAUUGGUUACACACACCAACCUCAAAGUGUAGCGGGUAAUUAUAGCACGCAUUCACAGCCUGGGAAUGUGGAAGAAAGUACACAAUCAUAUGCUGGAACAGAUAGUUACUCACAACAGCAAUAUUAUGCAGCUAUGGGGCCUACUACUCAACUCCAUGCUGGUGGAUAUAUUCAAAAACCUCAUGAAAUUGGGUACUCUCAGCAACCUCAUGAUGCGGCAACCGGGUACUCUCAGCAACCUCAUGAUGCAGCAACCGGGUACUCUCAGCAACCUCAUGAUGCAGCAACCGGGUACUCUCAGCAACCUCAUGCCGCAUCAACCGGGUACUCUCAGCAAACCUAUGCUGCAGCAACCGGGUACACUCAGCAACCCCAUGCGGCGGCAGCCGGGUACACUCAGCAACCCCAUGCGGCGGCAACCGGGUAUUCUCAGCAACCCCAUGCUGCAGCUACCGCGCACGCUCAGCAACCCUAUGCUGCAGCGACCGCGCACGCUCAGCAACUCCAUGCUGUAGCUACUGGGUAUGCUCUGCAACUCCAUGCUGCAGCUACCGGGUACGCUCAGCAACCCCAUGCUGCCGCAACUGGGUAUGCUUUGCAACCACAUGCUCAAGCUGUUGAAUACACAAUGCAACCACAUGCUCAAGCUGUUGGCUACAUGCCGCAAUACCAUGCUCACGCUGUUGAGAUUGGAAUGCAGUGCAUCAGUCUUAUUACCCUCAGACAGCAGAUGCAACCACAACGUAUUAUCAAACAUCUUAAAACGUUAAAGCAAAGUGUUGCUACUCUGGAUCUGAGAAACUUGUGCGUGAUGGGUGCGGAAGCAUGGACUCGAACUGGUGCACUCAGUGGAAAAGAAGGUCAAGGACAUAAAACUAGAGUCUCCAGCUCCGUUUACUGUACUUUUGAAUCCGCAGUUUUUUUUGUUGGGAAAUCAAAAAUUAUGGGGAAUUGUUGCUCCGAUGUCGCCUCCGGUGCUGGUGCUACAGCCGGCGUUGGUGGAAGUGGUUCCUCCGCCGCUCUCGGUGCGACUAACGACGCCCUUGAUUACUAUCUCAAGUCCAAAGGUUUCAACGGACUCUUCUCGCAGAUAGAGCUAUCGUUUUCAGCUUCGAAUUUGCGAGACCGCGACGUGCUCUCCAAGAGUGAUCCUAUGGUUGUUGUAUAUCAAAAAGAAAAAGAUGCAACACUUUCAGAAGUUUUCCGCAGUGAAGUUGUUUUGAACUCUUUAGCUCCGAAAUGGAUUAAGAAAUUUAUAGUCGCUUAUCAUUUCGAGACUGUGCAGACAUUGGUGUUUCGUGUGUAUGAUGUUGACACCAAAUUUCAAAAUUCAAGAGAGGAGAUGCUUAAGCUUGACGAACAGCAGUUUCUUGGUGAGGCAACAUGUGCAUUGUCUGAGAUAAUCACAAAAUCAACUAGGACGAGCACAUUAGAACUCAAGCGCAAAGAUGGCUUUGCUCCACAGGCUCAGCCUCACCACGGAAAGCUUAUCAUCCAUGCUGAGGAGUCCCUUGCUUCUAAGAUUUCAACAGAGAUAGUAUUUAGAUGUUCGAAUUUGGAAUCUAAGGAUCUUUUUUCAAAAAGUGACCCCUUUUUGGUGGUAUCAAAGAUUGUAGAGCAUGGAACUCCAAUUCCCGUGUCUAAAACUGAAGUCCGGAAGAAUGAUCUUAACCCUAUUUGGAAGCCAGUCUUUCUUAGUGUUCAACAAGUGGGAAGUAAGGACAGUCCAGUGAUAAUAGAAUGCUCAGACUUUAACUCCAAUGGCAAACACAGUCUGAUUGGGAAAGUUCAGAAAUCGCUUUCAGACUUAGAAAAACUUCAUUUGGCGGGCCAAGGAAUCAAUUUUUCUUUGCCUACUGGUGCUGGACAAAACAAGGUGUUAAAGAGCCAACUUUUUGUGGACAAGUUUACCGAGACUGUCCACCACACAUUCCUAGAGUACUUGGCAUCUGGAUUUGAGUUAAACUUUAUGGUAGCAAUCGAUUUCACAGCUUCAAAUGGAAAUCCCCGCCUCCCUGAUUCUUUGCACUACAUUGAUCCUUCUGGACGAUUAAAUGCCUACCAGAGAGCAAUAAUGGAUGUUGGAGAAGUGUUGCAGUUUUAUGACUCAGACAAACGUUUCCCUGCCUGGGGAUUCGGAGCUCGUCCAAUCGACGCUCCAGUUUCACAUUGCUUUAAUCUAAAUGGAAGCAGUUCAUACUCUGAGGUGGAUGGGAUUCAAGGAAUCAUGACUUCAUACACCAGUGCCCUUUUCAACGUCUCUCUUGCAGGGCCUACCCUUUUUGGUCCAGUGAUCAACGCUGCUGCAAUGAUCGCCAGCGCGUCGCUAGCUCAAGGUUCACGGAAAUAUUACGUCUUACUGAUCAUAACAGAUGGUGUUAUAACUGAUCUUCAAGAAACAAAAGACGCAUUAGUCAGUGCAUCGGAUUUGCCCUUAUCAAUCCUCAUUGUAGGAGUUGGAGGAGCUGAUUUUAAAGAGAUGGAGAUACUAGACGCAGAUAAAGGAGAAAGAUUGGAGAGUUCGAGCGGGCGAUUGGCUUCACGAGACAUUGUUCAGUUUGUGGCACUACGAGAUGUCCAAUAUGGAGAGAUCUCAGUGGUACAAGCGCUUCUAGCAGAAUUGCCUUCGCAGUUUUUGACGUAUAUGAGAAUCCGUAAUAUGAAACCGAUUCCUCCAUGAAUGAUCUCGUCUCGUGUGUAAAUGAAGUGUGUACAUAUUAUACAUUACAUAAACCACUGCGGCGGUUAAAAAUCGCUGUCGUUUUGCGCGAUUACAUAAGCUUUUUCCAUUUUUAUAAUAAAAAUGUCUGAAUGUGGGAUGUAAGUUUCGAAUGAAGAGGCUGAUGUACACAUUUGUCUUGAUUUCUUUUACAUCAAUACUUGGAAUUUGAAGAUAUCUGUUUUGUGCAGCUUAAUUUCUUCUAUUGAUAGAGAAUAGUGAACGUCCAACAAAAAAAAAAACAUUCA